AUGGAAAGAUUUUAUAAAAGAGCAUUGGAACCACCAUUUAUUAUUGGAAAAAAUAAUGAUAGUGCCAAAUCAAGUAGGGACAGUUUUGAUGCAAAAGACCUUCCUACAGAUCCGGGAUUAAGAAUUCAGAUUUUGGAAUAUAAUCCAAAUAUUCAAGAUGAAGUUCGAAGGGCAUACAUAUCGAGGGGUCCUUGUCAACCAUUGAAGCAUAAUUUUCCUUUCUCAACCUUCGGGAAAAAAUCAAGGCGUUUCAAUUCUAAUUGGUUUUCUGAAUAUGCAAAUUGGUUGGAGUAUAGUAUAUCCAAAGAUGCUGCAUUUUGCCUGUGUUGUUAUCUCUUUAAAUCAAAAUCUGGAGAACAAGCAAAUGGAGACUUUGUUGGUGAAGGGUUUAGGAACUGGAAAAAGGGGAAAAGACUGAAAGAACAUGUCGGAGGUCCAAAUAGUGCUCACAAUAAAGCUUGGGCUAUGUGUGAAGCUUUGAAAAAUCAGAAACAACAUAUCCAAUAUGCAUUUGACAAGCAGACAGAUCAAAAUCGAAGAGAUUAUCGAAUGAGGUUAAAUGCAUCAAUUGACUGUGUUCGAUUUCUUUUACGUCAGGGACUUGCAUUCCGCGGUGAUGAUGAAUCAAAGACUUCAGCAAAUCGAGCACCUAGUAUUCAAAAGGAUAUUGUGAAUGUUGCUGCAGCGAAAACUAUUAAUAUCAUCAUGGAAGAAAUAGGAGGUUCACUAUUUUCUAUUCUAGUUGAUGAAUCCCGUGAUAUUUCAAUGAAAGAGCAGAUGUCAAUUGUGCUACGUUUUGUGAAUAAGGAUGGUUGUAUAGUUGAAAGGUUUGUCGGUGUUGAAGAUGUUACUAGCACUACUGCUCUUGCACUAAAAGAAGCAAUUUGUUGUUUCUUUUCUAGAUAUAACUUGAGUAUUUCGAGGUUGCGAGGUCAAGGUUAUGAUGGAGCUAGUAAUAUGCAGGGUGCGUUUAAUGGUUUAAAAGCUCUUAUUUUGAAGGAGAAUCCAUGUGCCUUUUACAUUCAUUGUUUCGCUCACCAACUUCAACUUGCUCUUGUAGCUGUUGCAAAGAAACAUAUUCUAGUUUCUGCACUAUUCUUCUCAGUUACUAGUGUAGUAAAUGUUGUUGGUGCUUCUUCCAAAAGGUGUGACAUUCUUCACCAAAAAGAAGCUGAGAAAAUUUUUAGUGCCCUCAACAAUGGUGAUCUUGUAAGUGGAAGAGGUUUAAAUCAAGAAACUACACUCAAACGCUCACGUGAUACACGAUGGAGCUCUCACUAUGAUACUUUGAUUAGUUUGAUCACUUUGUUUUCUUCUACAAUCAAGGUUCUUGAGAUAAUUGUGGAAGACGGGGUAAGUUCUGAGCAAAAGGGUGAGGCAAACAAUUUAUUGGGAUUGAUGCAGUCGUUUGAUUUUGUUUUUACCUUACAUUUGAUGAGAUCCAACUUAGGAAUUACAAAUGAAUUGUCAAAGGCAUUGCAAAGGAAAGAUCAAGAUAUUGUCAAUGCCAUGGCUCUCGUGAAAAUAGCCAAGAAACGACUACAAAUGAUGAGGGAUGAAGGAUGGGAUUCUUUUUAUGAUCAAGUUUCUUCCUUUUGUAAUAAAGAAAACAUCGAUGUUCCAAAUAUGAGUGAUAAAUUUGUAGCUCGAUGCAGGUCAAGGCGUAAAGCUCCUGAAGUUACAAAUCUUCAUCAUUAUCGAUUUGAUGUGUUCUUUUCUAUCAUAGAUAUGCAGCUCAUGGAGUUAAAUGACCGUUUCAGUGAGAUUGAGGCACUUGAUGAUCAGCUUGAAACUUAUAUCCUUGAUAUGCAUUCUACUGAUGGGUUUGGAAGAUUAAAAGGUAUUGGAGCUCUUGCACAAAAGAUGGCUGAGACGAAAAAGCAUGAGGUAUAUCCAUUGCUUUAUUUGUUUAUAACACUAGCUCUUAUUCUUCCGGUUGCCACUGCUACAGUUGAAAGGGUAUUUUCUGCAAUGAAUAUCAUAAAGAAUCGUCUACGCUGUCGGAUGGGAGAUCAGCGGAUGAAUGAUAGUUUGGUUGUAUAUAUUGAGAAAGAGAUUUUUGAUAGUGUUGAUAAUGAGUCAAUCAUACAAAUGUUUCAGUCAAUGAAAACUCGCAGAUUUCAAUUGUAA